AUGGCUUUCAGGCGCAGCGUCACCGCUCGAGCCAAGCUGCUUUACCAACAGCAGCGGGUCGUAGCUCCAUUUUCAAACCCUCAUCUCCAUCACCACGACCGCGAAAGCCUGCUGCACGAUAAACCCAUUUCGAGAAACCCUAAUGUCUUCAGCUACACCAAGAAUGGCACGUUUGGGAGCGUAGGUAUUAUGGGCCCGUUUAUUAGGACUAGGGAUUUCUUUCAGGAUCGGAGAUUUGCUGUUCCGGCGGCUUGGGGGCCGGUUUUCACUCGGAACAUGUCGAGUCUGGGAGACAGGAAGCCUGAAGAGAUCGAGGUAAUGACCGACAUGGCAGAUGUUUUUGGGGAUAAAGCUGCCGAGGUUGUUUCGGAGGUGGGCCCGAUGGCAAAUGAGGUGGCGAUUGCAGUGGGCCCGGUGGCGAAUGAGGUGGCGAUUGCAGCGGCUGAUUCGUUCCUUCCGGUGGCCGCUCUCCAGUAUUUGAUUGAUUACGUGCAUUGUUACACUGGGCUUAGUUGGUGGGCAUCGAUUGGCGUGACAACUCUUUUGCUUCGUUGUUUUCAACUUCCUGUCACGAUUCACUCAAUAAAGUCCAGUACGAAGUUUUAUGUAAGUUCUACACAGGCUGUUUACCUUACUGAGUUUUUGGGAAUCAUUGUUUAUUUAUAUGAUUUAUUGUUUGUUUUAUGUAGAUAUGGUGUCACACCAUUCUCUUCUUGGAAGGGAUUUCUAAUCACAAUUCCAAUCACUUGCUGUUACUUUUUGGCUGUUAGAAACAUGGCAGCAAACGUUCCCUCUUUUAGACAGGGAGGGAUAUUGUGGUUUACUGAUUUGACUACUCAAGAUACCACGUAUAUUUUCCCUGUUUUAACGGCAUUGACGUUUUGGAUUAAUCUGGAGUUGAAUCUGCAAGGACCAGCAGGCAGCCUUACUUCUAGCAUUUUUAGAAAUUUGUGGAGAAUAUUUGCAGUUUUGACAGUUCCUUGCACUGCAAGUUUCCCGAAGGCUCUGUUUUGCUAUUGGAUCCCCUCCAACUUGUUCUCUAUCGCAUGUUCGCUAUUGCUGAGGAAGCCUGAGGUGAAGAAGUUAUUGGGCAUACCGAUUAUACCUGUGGUCCCACCACUUUCCGAAAUUCUAAUGAAGUACAGGGAAGCCCAACAACGACAACAACAACAACAUUCUUCAUCUCCACCCGACAAGUCAUCACCAAAACCCGGAAAUCACAAAAUACCAUCUUCAUCAAUUCUAAGCCAAAAGGUUAGGAGCUUAGAGAAAGAGGUCAAAGGAAUGAACAAAGGGAAGAAAAGGUGA